AUGGUCACGAGUAGCGCCUAUGUUGAGUCGACGAUUCGAGAAAAUUACAUUUUGGACAGACUCUCAAAUCGUGUUGCAUUGGGUAAAACACAUCCAUCUACAUUACAAACCUUUGUCGCAAAUAGAGUGUCCGAAAUCCAAGAAUUGACUGACAAAGUACAUUGGCGACAUGUGCCAACAAAACAAAAUCCUGCGGAUCAAGUGUCUCGGGAUUGCAACGUGGACGAAUUGAAUAAUUCGAUAUGGCUUCCGGCCGAACCCUCCACCCCGACCGAAAUUGAAGAGAUAUUGCGGUACUGCAAUCCAUCUCUUCCCACCCAGGACUGGAAGGUGGUCAGGCUGGAGAGGACCAAGCAACCAUAUCGGCGAGUGCUGAUACUCCUAAAUAAGGAGUCCCUCGCUCCUCUCAGCAGUGCAAAGGGGGCCAUAAGCUAUGGCUUCGAGAGGGUCGUCCUCAGGAUUCUCCCAAAUGAAGCCAGAGCUGAUGGCCUGUCGCCACCAGCUGAGGUGGAAGAGAGUGGGAGAGCGACCCACUCUAAAAUGGAUAUCGACCCCAUCCUCUCGUAUACGGUGAGCACGGCGGGCGGAUCGUCAGUCGAUGAUGGAUCCGUUUUCAGUCUCGACCGUCUGUUUGAGGCUGCUGGGGUCGAUAGUACGGAUGAAGGUGCGGAACUCGCAGUGCUGGAGAGGAGUUUGGAGGAUGAG